CGAAUCUAUUAUCAGUAUAUCGUUUACUACGCAAGUGUGUGUUUGUGGUGAAAACUGACUGUUAGAUUAUUUGAAUUUGAAUUUCUGAAUAUUGAAAAGUGUAUCUUAACUGAGGAAAGGAUGCCGACAAAUAUGGCUGAACUAUUGGAAGUCCAAAAUAAGUUGCUGUCAAUGAAGUGCUGCUUGUGUAAGAAUGUUUUAUCAGUGCCUCCGAUAAUGGUGCUUUCCGAAGAUGGAACAGAAUUGAAAUGCGGAAGAUGUAAAAAUAACAAAGAGAAGGCAUCAAUUUGCAGAAAUAUUGCUCUUGAGAAUAUGGCAAUGUUCUUCUCAUUUCCUUGCAUAUACAGAAAUUGCAAUGAAAUGAUUCCGUGGAGAGAGGUGGAAAGUCAUGAAGACUCUUGUGAUGAAAGGACGAUUGAAUGUCCAAUUUAUUAUGAAGAGUGUGAAGGAAAAGUACAGGUGCUUAAGUUGGAGGAGCACUGUGAACGUUAUCAUGAGAAUAAUGUUGGUUAUGAAACUUUCAAUUGUUCAUUGUUCGCCAAAACAGAAGUAAUGGGAAUCUUGAUAUCCAGUAAUCAACAGUUCAUAAUAUAUAUCACAACAGGCAUCAAAUUGUCAGAGAUAUAUGUUGCUUCUUUGAAAAAAAUCAAUGAAUAUUUCACAUACACUUUGAAAGUGUCCAGCACAUGUGAUGACACCUUUGUCGCAUAUGAAAAUCAGCCAAUUAGCAAAUAUGACGAAGUAGAUCAUUGCCUUAGAUGUAUGCGUUCUGAUUGUGAUUUGAGUGGCUAUCCCCAUUCAAAAGUGAAAGACAAUGUCCCUGUUAAUAAGUUUUUGAAGAAGGUCGAUCUGACUGCCGUGAAACUUCUUUUUGGUGAUAUUUCCGAGAUCAGAUACAGAAUAACAAUCGUUCCGAAGGAGGAAUAUAAGGAUAACAACAAAGGAUUAUCGAGCGAAAUUGCAACGGUAGAAAACGAUAAGAAAGAAGUGAACAUCGUCGAUGAAAGUUUGGAAAAGCUCAAAAAGCAAUUACAGUGUCCUAUAUGCAUGGAGUACAUGAUCGACAAAAUCUAUAGCUGCGAUGAAGGGCAUGUAUUGUGCAUUAACUGCAAAAUCCAGCUGACUGAAUGUCCUUCAUGUAGAACAAAACUUGGAAAAUUGAGAAAUUUCCCUUUGGAGAAUUUGGCUGAUGAAGUAGUGCUCGCUUGUCUAUUUUCCAAAAACGGUUGUGAGUUCACCGGAAAAUUGGAAUUGCUUUCUCAACACGAAAGAGAAUGUGUACAUAAAUAGGACUGAAGUAAUCCUGAUGAGGAAUGAAUAUUAAAGUUGCAUUUUUCA